AUGUCUGUGCGCGCUCUAUGUCUGUGCGCGCUCUAUGGUUGUGCGCGCUCUAUGGUUGUGCGCGCUCUAUGGUUGUGCGCGCUCUAUGGUUGUGCGCGCUCUAUUGUUGUGCGCGCUCUAUGGUUGUGCGCGCUCUAUGUCUGUGCGCGCUCUAUGGUUGUGCGCGCUCUAUGGUUGUGCGCGCUCUAUGGUUGUGCGCGCUCUAUGGCUGUGCGCGCUCUAUGGUUGUGCGCGCUCUAUGGUUGUGCGCGCUCUAUGGUUGUGCGCGCUCUAUGGUUGUGCGCGCUCUAUGGCUGUGCGCGCUCUAUGGUUGUGCGCGCUCUAUGGUUGUGCGCGCUCUAUGGUUGCGAUCGCGGGUCUUGA